GUACUGGUGUGCAUCUUGAGACGAAACAAAGGCACUGAUAUAUUUUAUGAUCAGUCAGUGCAAGUUUAUUUCAGUUGAAACAGCUCAGACUUACAUUUUAGUCUAGGACUAGGCUUAAGCCUUGUCUGUGAAACCGGGGGUAAAUGUUGUUAAUCACCGGACAUUUGCUGUCGUCAUUUGUAUGACUAAUGCAUCUCCAGUGUAUCAAUGCAACUGCAAGUACAAACACAUGCAGAUUUGCUGCAAAAGCUAUCAGUAUUGAUCGUUUGAUUUUGCAGUAUUGAAACUUAUUUGCACAAGCAAACAUAGUGAAGAUGCACCCCAUCUAGAGGCUUGUUACCCAAAAUCAUUUUGAUCUUUCUUGGCAGUUUGUCAGAGUCAGUUCCAGGAAAUCAAGACAAUAUGACAAAUUAUCAACCACAUCUCAAUCAAGAUAUUCAGUGAGCGCGCCGUUAUCAGCCAAUGAACGAAACUUAGCUUACAAUGCAAAAAGGUCUUGCCUUUUGAGUGUAUAUAUACACACAGCAUUCAGCAGUAGUGGAAUCAGGUACUUCUGGCCUUCAGACAACCAAACUCUUGAGAAACCCAAGCAGACAGACAAAAUGAUGAGGACUCUUCUACUGCUCGCUUUCGCUGUCUUGACCUCCAGUGCUCCUGUGCACAACAACGCUAAUUCUUCUGCAAAAGGACACAGUGAUAGGAAAUUAUUGGGAGAGCUUGUUGAUGAGCUGGAAAAAACUGUGAAAAUUUUCUCAAAGGAGACUGGGGAUAAAUCAGUCUUCGUGACAGAGCUGCAAACGAAUGGCUGUAAGCGUGAGGUUUUCUGCCAGGCUGAGCAAGAACUGAAAACCAAGGUUUCUGGGCGGUCUGGUGCCAAAUUUGACCAUUUCCGUACUGACAAGAAACUAAUGAGGAAUUUAAACAUAUAUAACAAGCAUCAUGGGAAAACCUGCAAACCUGAUGUUGAAGUUCAAACUGAAAUGCCUCUGCACGAAUUCUUGCCGAUGCUCUUGACAUGUGUCAAGAAUGAAUUUAGCCAAGCCAAGUAAAAUUAAUUUAUGAAAGAUUAAAUUUUUGUAUCUUUUUGAGAGUAUUAUUUUAUUUACAUUGUCUGUAGCAGUAUAUAAUUUUGUACCUGAAAUAAAUUUGCAUAAAUAUAAUUUUAAGUCUUAAAUGUGGUCUGAUGUUUUACAGUAUAGAUUUUGUGCAGCAUUUCUGUGAAUUGACUGAAAAGAAAUUUUCAAUGAAGCGGUGAUUGCGCACAAAUAUACUAGGCCUUUUUAGAAAGAAACCCAUGAAUCAUGUAGCACACGUGUGUCAAACUUCAGUCCUGGAGAGCCACUAUCCUGCAGUGCGUAGCUCCAACCAGCUCCAAAACACCUGCCUGGAGGUUUUUAGUAAUCCUGAAGACCUUGAUUAGUUGGUUCAGGUGUGUUUAGUU